AUGGUUCUUACAACAAGAGCAGUUGGUGAAACCUGCCAUUUGAUGUGCUCUACAUGCAGAUGGUCAACGCGAGAUUCUGAUACACCAGAUCAACCGUCUAGCAUCAACUGGCCUGUGCAAGUUUUGUUUCAUAGCUCCACUUUUGAGUGCAGAGAUGUUUUAAACACCGGAAUUGUUCCGUUGCACGAAACCACCCUAGACAAGGAAUUGAAUGAAGCCUUGGAGAGAAUGCGAGUUCUCGCGGCUGCUGAAAAAGCUCAACGUGAUCAAGUGAAAUUGAAUAAAAGACGCUCGCACAAUGUUGGUAGUCUUCUCACAGAUCGAUAUGGCUUACAAGCAAUUUAUCAGAAACGCAAAAAGACAUUUGAGAAACCUGUGUCUCAAACUCCUCUUCAUCUCCCUUCAGAAGAGGUCUUACUUGGAACGAAACAAAAGUUGAACUUAAAAAUGUCAUUAAGAGCCUUGAAUGUCCAUUUCUUUUUUGAUGAAGCGCGUCGGCUAACCGCAGUUAUGCAGCAAGAAUUCGACUCCAAAACCCUCACACAGGCCAUACUGGAAUGUAGUGGCAAUCCUAUUAGAAGGAAGUACAUCUUUUCGGUAGGAUUGGUUUUCGGUUCUUUCGGUGGUGCUGCGCCAAAUGGCUCAUUUAGCGCUGUGCUUAAUGCUUACAGAAGACCUAAUUCUAUCUCCAGUGACGAUGUUCCUGAAUUGAAUUUGGCUGAUUAUCUCGAGGAUGCAGCUGAAAUAAUUCCUCCUUCAUUAGAAUCGCACCUUCGCCAGCCACUGGCUUGUGGUCGUCCACUUCGUCCUGUUAGGAUGCCAUUAAAAGCGAGAAGAGCUGUUAGCGAUAUCAUUGAGAACCUUUACGUGAAUUCAAAACAGUUAAACUUCGGCUUGUAUCCUGCGUUGAAGCCUUUGAGUUUAACGGACUUUCCUCUAUUACAAUUCUGUCACAGGUGUAAGCAUUGCGAUCACAACCUGUAUGUAUUUAUAUAUUUUCUUCAAGCUCCAUUGACGAUCUUUAUUGAGUACUUUGCACGCAAUUUCGUCCCGGAAAUCCGAUUGUCGCGGGAGGUGGAGUUGGGAGAGAAUCAAACUGGACCAGUUUUUUUAACAAUUGCAAAUGAGAGCAAUUCCAAAGCGGAAGUACGCAAGCAUCGUUUUGUGUCAUACAGCAUAAGUUACCAUUAG